GCACAGUGUACAAUACAUCAUGUUUUUGUUUUGGUUGCUGUUCAAAUCUCGUAAUAAAACAUUUGCUCGUAAUAAAACAGUCUCUAGUAUUUUAUGUUUUCAGAUGGACUUAAGUCCCAAAAAGCGUGGAAUUAGGCAUGGUGUGAAGGCAGCUAAACGGUUCAUCAAGGAUGCUGAGGCGGAAGCAGAAAAGAAAGAAAACCGGAAGUUGUUCCGGCCUGUACUCUGUAAAGAGCUUAUCAGGGCACGAGAACUGGGGUAUAAGUUGAGAGGGAAUAAUAUUGGACCCGAAAGGAUAACACUCCCGUAUCGACUGAAGCACUCAAUGAUUGGACAAGGAAGAUGUGGAAAGCCCAUGAGCAAAGAUAAAUUGAACCGAGAGAGUGCUGUUCUUGAACAUGAUGCUCUUCUUAAGGGUGAUGUCAAUACUAUCCUUAGCAUGAACAGUCAAGGCCACCAGAAUCCUCUAAAUAUUUUGAAUCAAAUGCUUGAGAUAGAUGAAGAUAAAGGUAAAGGAAAGAACGGAGAAGAAAGUGUGAGCAGAAUGAGGAGAAGAGAUAAAGAUAAAGGAGAGAACGGAGAAGGUGUGAGCAGAAUGAGGAGAAAGGAUCGAGCAACAUCCGUGAGCAAAGAAACUUGUAACUUCUAUGAGGAUGUAGAAGAAAGAGAACCUGAUGCUUCAGAAAAAAUGGCGGAGAGGACUGGAGACUUGAACAGUGGAAACAGGUCGGGAGACUUGAACGAAGAUUUGGAACCAAUUGAUUACUCAACUCACGGGAAAAGAACCCAAGAUUUUGAAGAAGAGAAUCAUACUAUUGAAUCUUUGAAUAAAAGAGAGGAGGAGGAUACAGAGAGAACUGCUAAACUUAAUAAAGGAGCAAAAAGAAAAUUGUUCAAUUCAGACAAAUUCCCAGAUGGUCCUGAGGGCAACAUGAUAAGUAUGAGACGAGUGAAGCAGGGUGGAAAAUCGGCCAGCAAACCUCUAAGCCUGUCAAAAAAGAAUGUAGAAACGGCCAUUAUCCCGGAGAAAUCAAGGAAGUUAAGUCCUGAAAAGACUAGACAAAAUGAUGAAUUACCUGGAAUAGUUGGAGAGAACAAAGAAAUAGUCGGAGAGGAAAACAGAGAUAAGAGGAAUAAGCAAAAUACCGAAGAAUUGAGCGGAAAAAAUGGCGACACCAACAUGGACGUCGGAGAGAAGAGCGGAAAUGACUUGAAGGAUGUAAAAGGAGAUGAUAGAAAGAAAGAAACAGAGCAGAGCAUAACUAAAAUAGUCGAGGGGACGGGAUCACAAGACUUGGGUGAAGAAUUUGUCCAAGAAAAAAUAGCCAAGAAAAAGCAGGCUGAGAAGACAAGUCCUCCGUUCAAACUUCUCUGGUCUUGUGAUAUUGAUGAAUAUAUACCUAGUCAGGAUCCUUACAGUGGACUUAAGGCCUGCUUAAGAAGCAGCAUAACUACUCAAAGAAAUGAAAAACCUAGAUUUGGAGUCGAAACUGCUACUAGCAAUCAGGAAAAGAUUCAGAACAGCAGGCAGCUGAGCAAUCCGUUGUUGGAGCUAGAUAGAAUUAUCAACAAGGGGAAACCCAGACGGGAAAACAAAGAACUCAGAGCAUUAGAAGUAAACAAUGAAAUUAUUCCUGAUAUGUUUCCUGAUUCGGAUCUCUACAGAUCAAAAUACAGGGAUCAAGAAGUUGAAUUCAGACCAAGAUACGAGAAUCAAGAUCUUGAUGUCAGACCAAGAUACAAGGAUCAAAAAGUUGAAAAUAGACCAAGAUACAAAGAUCAAGAACUUAAUGCCAAGCCAAGAUACAAGGAUCAAGAAGUUGAAGUCGGACCAAGAUUCAAAGAUCAAGAACUUGAAAUCAGACCAAGAUACAAAGAUCAAGAACUUGAUGUCAGACCAAGAUACAAAGAUCAAGAACUUGAUGUCAGACCAAGAUACAAAGAUCAAGAACUUGAUGUCAGACCAAGAUACAAAGAUCAAGAACUUAAUGUCGGACCAAGAUACAUUGAUCAAGAGCUUGAAAUCAGAACAAGAUACAAUGAUCAAGAACUUAAUGUUAGGUCAAAAUACAAUGAUCAAGGACUUAAUGUUAGGCCAACAUAUGAUAAAAAACUUGACAUGAAACCAAGAUUCAAGGAUAUUGAACUUGGUUUUAGGCCAAGGUACAACGAUGGAGAUGCUGAUAUCAUGCCGAGAUUUAAUCUUUACGAAAUUGGAUUAAGGCCAGGCAACAGGGACCAAAAGCUGAGUGUUGGACCCAGAUUUGAGGUUCAAAAGAACGAUUUCUUUACAAGAUACAAUCAUCAAACAUACUGUAACGACCAAGAGAACGCGGCCAGGUCAAGCUAUGAGAACCCUGCAAUUAACAUAACACUGAAAUACCCGGACCAAGACAAUGUUCUAAGCAAAGAAAGACCACGUUUCUUGAAUUCAGAGGAGGUUACUAGACGCAGAUACCAGCCUCAAGAACUUGAUAUAAUUUCACCAUAUUUCAAUCAAGACAACCAUCUGCAAUCAAGAUACAGAGAAAUAGAGAAACGUCCAAGAGCCCUUGAUCAAGAAAAAUCGAACUAUCUUGAUAUAGAAAAUGAUCUGAUGCCAAGAUACCCUGACGGUUUCAUGUCCAGGGACAGUGAUCAAGAAAAUGAUCUUACGUCUAGUUUUCUAGAUCUAGGAAGUGAUCUUAGGCCUAGAGGCCUUGAUCAAGAGAAUAUAUCUAAGAGAAUUCUACAUCACCUUAAUCAACAAAUCUGGACAAAUCAGAGUAAGGGUUCGGGUUUACCAGACAUAAAAGCUGCUCCUAUUGAUGAUGAUCCUAUUUUUAGUUUUUCUCCGAGUAGAAGAAAACGACUUUAUCUCUACUCUAAUCCAGCUCGCUUCAAUGUCAAAUCUCAACACUCGGAUUUCUUACAAUGUUUCCCGUCUGCUCCCCUAGAUGCUCCUGGUUCUACUGCUCCAAGCAUUUAUCGUGGAAUUGAUGCUUCCAGACCCAGAGCAGCUUAUGAUGAACUACCUGUUGAUACAUUAGCAGCUGCAGAGUAUUUAGCAAAUACUGAAUAUAUUAGAGAUAUCAAGCAUAAAUAUCCAGAUCAUCUUUUCUAAAGUGUUGAUUUGAUUUUUAUUCAAUAUUUUAUUCAAUAUUUUAUUUGAAAUAUUUGAAAAAUUCACGAAAUUGUUGAAAUUUGAGUCUUAGUCCAAUUCCUAAAUUUCUAGUCAUUGGUUUAAAUUGAUCAAAAAGUUUGUGAUUAAGUUUGGAUGUCAAAAAUCCCUUGAUAGUAAAAUUUUUGUUUUCACCAACUGAUCUCCAAACAAAUCUAUUGUGAUAUAUUAUAGAUCAGAUUAAAUAAAGUUAUUUAUUGUAAUUAUUAUUUCAGA